ACACCCUUCUCCUCCUCACAUCAGUCGCCACUACUCAGUGCAUACUGCAGGGGCAGUGACGUCACGGCCAGCCUCUCUCUCUCCCACAGUCCCUUCCUGCUGCAUCACAACAGUCGCUAGUGGAUCGGGUAACGCUGAGCUAUUUCCACUGCCUUGUGGAGUUUUUAUUUCAAUAAAUGUAACAGAAGUCCUCAUCGACAGCCUCCACCGUCAAGCCCGUCGCCGUCAGUUCUAGCGGACGUCAGCGCAGCAGUCGACGCGUUUGAAGCGCAGUGGGAGAUGGCCAGGCCAGAGCAGGUCCUGCUUCUUGAACCGCAGCACGAACUGAGGUUCCGAGGUCCAUUUACAGAUGUGGUGACCACCACCUUAAAGCUUGCUAACCCCACAGACAGAAAUGUGUGCUUUAAAGUAAAGACGACUGCACCGCGCCGAUACUGUGUGCGGCCAAACAGCGGAGUGAUUGAUGCCGGAACCUCGAUCAACGUCUCUGUGAUGCUGCAACCGUUUGAUUAUGAUCCAAAUGAGAAAAGCAAACACAAGUUUAUGGUACAGUCUCUGCUGGCCCCACCUGAUAUGACCGACACUGAGGGAGUGUGGAAGGACGCCAAGCCCGAGGAUCUGAUGGACUCCAAGCUGAGAUGUGUCUUUGAGAUGCCCGCUGAAAAUGAGAAAACACAUGAAAUGGAAAGCAAUAAGAUAUCCUCCAGUCUCUCAAAGUCGGAAUCAUCCACAUUGUCUAUGAAGUCCAUGGCCUCCAGUCUGGAUGAUGGAGAGGUGAAGAAGAUCAUGGAGGAAUGUAAAAGACUGCAGACGGAGGUGCAGCGGCUACGAGAGGAGAACAGACAGAUCAGGGAAGAUGAUGGUCUGCGGAUGAGGAAGAGCACAGUAAUGUCCGCUCCGCACUCAUCUCAAGCGGUGAGAGUGAAGGAGGAGGGGCUGAGCACCAGGGUGAUCGCUCUAAUUGUGCUGUUUUUUGUCGUGGGUGUCAUCGUAGGCAAGUUGGCCUUGUAAAAUCCAAGAGGGGAGCGCUACAAGCAUGCAUUGCGGAUGAAACAAAAACAAAACAGACAAGUAACCAAUGCAGAAUUUGUUUAAUCCGAAUGCCAUAUCAUUUGGGUAGUUUUGGAUUAGCGAGGUGUGUAAAAUUAAUAAAGUGAUCAAGGAAUUUCAUCAUGUUAUGUGCAAAGAAUAAAAUUUAAAAAAAAUAAUAAUAAUAAUAAUCUGACACAGCUCUUGCCUCAAAAUUGUGAAAUCAUUCUGGCCCCUGUUCCUUAAUCAUUUCUGAUGCAAGUUCAAAUGGAUAACAAAUGUCAUAGAUUUUAACCACUAAAAAUGUCGUAGGGAUUUUCUAACACCAGAUGUGCGAUUGAGUUGUGGUAGAGUGAAUGUUGUUUUAUCACUUUUUUUUUUUUCUUCUCAGUGGGUCAGAAGCAAAUUGAAAAUGUGUACAAAUGCUAAACAUCUUUGAAAAGUGACACGUGCAUUUAAUUUAUGCGUACCCAAACAUCUUGCAUUAAAGCAGCAGUUCACUGAAGUUCAGCCUGUAUAUUUUCAAUCGCUGUCCAGCUAAAUGAUAAAACACGCCUUCUAGUAUCUUCCCCAGUCACACUGGUGUUAAAAUAACAUGCAUUUGCAAUAUUCCAUCCACUUCUGUUCAGUCCGACUCAUAUGUUUGAGUACCAACAGGUACUAUGAUUCAACAUAUAGUUCCUUGGCAAAUGAGAUAACGUCACUAAAUAUCCACAUUUUUGUAAAAUGUCAACUGUUUCACUCGCAGUCAAUUGACGUUCCAAUGCCAAAACCACCACAAAGUCUUUCUUUUUAAGUGGCUUGGGUGACACAAUUUGACUUUUAGGUUAUUUUUGGAAUUCAAACAUCAUUUUUUCAAACAGAAAGGAAAUGGACUGUUAGAGACAGAUAUUUCAAACUGCUGUUACUGGGGAAGUGUUGGUGAAACCGUUUAGCCAUUCACCUACUCAUUUGCUCCAGAAACCAUUUGAAACGAUAUUUCUCUGUGAACUGCUGUGUUUUUCGGUAAGGCGCAGGGCUGACGUCCCUGAAACCAACACUUCCGAUGAAGCUUUGCACAAACCGAGUUCCCUGUCAGAAUCAGAAUAGAUUUUUCACCUUUCUUUAUUGUCGUUUUCCUUUGGUAAGGGAUAUGUGCUUGAAUGCAUGGCUCUGUUGAGAGCAAAAAAUACUUUAUAUUUUAUUAAGCUGCUCCAUAGGUGAAAUGUCCUUUUCAGGCCCUUUUAUCACACCUCUGUUUCCAUUCUGCUGCCUGUAGACCGGAGUUAAUUUAUUGAUCAAGUCAUUAUAUACAGUAAUAGUGCAGCUGCUAAGCGUAACUUUUGAUGCACCAUGUACAUGCAACUGGUUGAAGGCCUCUCUCCCUAUGAACUUUCUAUCUGAAGAUGCCACGAGGAGAGUUUAUCAUCAGGUCCAUAAACACUGACCCCCUCUCACUUUACCCUCCAAAAAAGAACAAAAAAGUAGUUAAAGGUAUAGUUAACCCAGACUUUAACAUUUUGUCAUAAUGUUCAAGUUGUUCCAGCUCUUUUUGUGAAACACAAAAGGAGAUGUUAGGAAGAUUUGCUCUAUUUCCAUACGAAGGAAAGUAAAUGGUGAUGUAUGCUGUGAAGCAUGAAAAAGCACCAUAUAGGUAUCAUAAAACUCGUCCAAACAUCUUUUGCGCUGUAUUUCAAGUUGUCUGAAGCCAUUUAAAUAGCUUUGUAUUUGCAUUUGGCACUCAUUGUGAUAUAUUUAUGAGAUUUUGCAGAUGAUAUUCUGUGUUGAUGUGGUGUAUUGUAUGAAUUGAUACAUUAACAUUUGAGAGCUCCAAUGUAAGGUUAUAAGUGAAAAAAGCUUAAAUUUCAGUCUGUUUUCUACACAAAGCUAUGUAUGGCUUUAGCAUGUAGUGCACAGUUGUUUGAAUCACAUUUAUGGUGUUUUUUUGGUGGGUUUUUUGCGCUUUUCAGGAUAAAUUCCCAUUCACUUUUAUGGAAAAGUGUAGCUUGGACAUUGUGCAUAGCAUCAUCUUUUGAGUUUCAUGAAAAAAGUUUUACAAAAAUGAAGUCGGAACAACAUAAUGGGGAGUAAACGCUGACAAAAUGUUGAUUCUUGAGCCAACUAUUCCCUUAAAAACUGACACAUGUGAGUAUUGUUACCUGUAUUUUAGCCAUGCCAAGCCUACACCUCAUUUCAGAUAAAUGCAUGGCUUCGAUAUGCCUUGUCGGUGGUCUGAAAUGUACACAACACUGGUUUAUCUCGCAGCAUAAGGCUUUAAAAAAAAAAAAAAAAACACUCCUGACAUUUCUGCACUGUUUUCCUGAGCCCUCUGUUUCUUUGCUGUCCUCUGAUGUUAAUUUAGUCGUUUUGUUUGGAUUUAAGUUAUGAAUAAAGCUUUUAUUGCACAGAACUGUUUAUAUUAAAAAUGCACUACAUAUAAAGAAUGUCAUCUUCCCGUACACAACGGUCUGAUCUUUGUGAAAUAACCGAAAUGACAUCAGAAAAGAGACUCUUCCUACAGGGGACCAUUUUGUGACCUGAUAUGUAUUUGUGUCAUAGUUUGGUGUUGUGGGGGGUGUCUUUUUCUUUAAUGUUUCUCUUCUAUUCCCCCUUCUUUGAGAAGCUUUUGUUUUCAGUUGUUCAUCUUUGGCUGAUAUUGGAUUUCUAAGAACAGAGGAGCUUACGAUAUUGUCAAACGGCAAAACUUUGCUUUGUAAGUAACUUUAGGAAAUGUUCAGGGUAUAGUGAUUUUUGGACUGCGGUUUAUGUAUAAUUCACCAAGGAGUAUGAUUGCCAUGGAGAGGGAGGGAUUUGGGGGCCUAUCAGCCAAUCAGCUGGCUCGUAAUUAUACCUGAACCUUACUAUAGUGCCCCAAACCUUCACAUAUGAUGUAAACAUGAAGGUGACCGUUUUGUAUGUAUAUAAAUAAAUAAAUAAAUAAUGAGUCUAAGAUGAAAAUUAAGGUUGAUAUUCCUAGUCAAGUAGUCUAUAAUGGUAUAUAAAGAAACCCCAACUUUGUUGGACUAUGUAGCAUCUUAAUAAAUUAAAUCAAUAAAGCCCCAGACCAAAACGUUUUGUGAUGUUUGUUCUUUUGUCCAAUUUCCAUUGUUCACUUAAUUGAGUAGUCCACCCAAAAAUGAAAACUUGCGUUUUUCUCCCUUAGGCCAUCCAAAAUGUAAAUGAGCUUGUCUCUUCAUAAAACAGAUUUGGAGAAAUGUAGCAUUGCAUCACUUACUCAAAAAUGGAUCUUCUGCAGUGAAUGGGUGCCGUCAGAAUAAGAAUCCAAACAGCUGAUAAAAGCAUCGCAAUAAUCCACAAGUAAUCUACAUGACUCUAAAUGAAACAAACAAAUCCAUCAAGACAUUUUAAAUUCAAACCAUUUCUUCAAAACGAAUUCUUUCUCCAUUGAAAAAGUCUAAAUCUGGAGAGAAAUAUGCACAGAUCAAACACCAUAUACAGUACAAGUGAAAACGGUUCAGGACAACAGGGGAUUGACUUUACACUGGAGGAAGCAUUAUUAUGGAUUAUUCUCAGCUGUUUGGACUCUCAUUCUGACGGCACCCAUUCAUUGGUGAGCAAAUGAUAUAAUGCUAAAUUUCUCCAAAUGUGUUCCGAUCUUGAAUGGUCUCAGGGUGAGUAUUUUCAGCCAAUUGAAAUUUUUGGCUGAACUUACUUUAAUACAUUUUCUGUAUUGUACUCAUGUACUGUGAAUUGUGUGUGUUUAUAUGUUGUUAAUAUUUUUUAGUAGUGACAACAAAAUGAUGGAUAGUAUGCCUGUCAAUGGACUUCCUGUUGAUUUUUGAGGAGAUUUCGGAGUCGACUGCCUUGUAAGAGACUCUUCAAAUGGCUUGAAAAAUUGCACUUUUAAGAGUUUCUCAAACAUUACAGCUGUGGUUAAAAGCAUAUAAACCUCUAUUAUAGACCUGUGACAUCAUUAAACUCCACCUCAGAUCUACCGCAUUUCUUUUGAU